AAAGAUUGUCUAGAACCUUACUCCGUAGUUUGCUAUUUCUUUGCUGUUUGGCUCUGCUUCUCGCUGGGAAAUCCUUUUGUGACUUUGUGCUUGCUUGAAGUGUUUGUGAUUUUUGAGGUGCAUGACAGAAAGAGUGACCAGUCGAGUCGACAUAAUCGAUCCAAGAUGGACCCGACCCAAGUCAAAAUCCCACCCUUGAUGGACCUCACCAUCGACAACAUCACCGAGAACGUGAUCCGGAUCAACAGUAACAAUCCGGACGCGCGGAUGCAAUAUGUUCUGGAGAGGCUCGUCGUGCAUUUACAUGACUUUGCGCGCGAGACGAGAUUGAGUACUGCGGAAUGGAUGGCGGGGAUUCAGUUUCUUACGAAGACGGGCCAGAUUUGUACGGAUGUCAGGCAGGAGUUCAUCCUCCUCUCCGACAUCUUCGGCCUGUCUCUCCUGGUGGAUAGCAUCGACCACCCCAAACCCGCGAAGUCGACCGAAGGAACCGUGCUGGGCCCCUUCCACACGCACGAAGCCGAACACAUGGCGAACGGCGAGUUGAUGUCCCACGACGCGAAUGGCGAGCCUCUGCUCGUGCUGUGCCACGUGAAAGAUGUCGAGGGGAAACCGAUACAGGGGGUCAAGAUCGACAUCUGGGAGACGGACUCUUCGGGACAUUAUGAUGUGCAGCACGCGGACAGGACGGGGCCGGACGGGCGCUGCGUCAUGACCAGUGAUGACCAGGGCGUGUUCUGGUUCAAGGCCAUUGUCCCUGUGCCGUACCCGAUUCCGCACGAUGGACCUGUUGGGCAGUUGCUCAAGAAGUUGGGCCGGCACCCGAUGAGGCCGGCGCACAUGCAUUUCAUGUUCGAGAAGGAGGGGUUUGACCAUUUGAUUACGGCAUUAUAUCUCAAGAACGACCCGUACGAGAACUCGGAUGCCGUGUUUGGCGUCAAGAGUCCGCUUAUCGUGGAUCUGGGCAAAGUGGACAAGGCUACGGCAGAGAAGUACGGCGUGGAAGAAGGGACGGCGUUGAUGACUUAUGAUUUCGUGCUGGUGUCGGAGAAGGAGAGCGCCGAGUUGAGAGCGGAGAAUUCAAGGAAGGCCCUCGAGAAGUUGGGCCGGAGAGUAAAGCUGGUGCAGGGGCUGCCGGUGCCGGAUCUUGAUUGAUUAAAGCAGGGGCAUACGAAGGUUAAGUGAAGUGAAGUGAAGAUGGGAGGGAGAUUUCCUCGCGCUAUAUUGAUAAAAGCCACGUCUCCUGCAAAUUCCAAAAUGGUGAAAUGCCCUCUUCUAUACAGGACAAGCGGUUGCUCUAGUCAUCGCCAUAUAUCUUUUGGAUCCAAAGGACGAUUGGAAACUGGGG